AUGUCUGGACGUGGAAAAGGAGGCAAAGCCAAGAAGAGCACCGGAAAGAAUAAAACCAAGACUUCAAGAGCUGGACUCCAGUUCCCAGUCAGUCGUAUUCACCGUUUUCUUCGCAAGGGAAACUACGCUCAUCGCGUCGGAGUUGGAGCUCCAGUCUACCUCGCUGCAGUUCUUGAAUACCUGACUGCCGAAGUUCUCGAAUUGGCCGGAAACGCUGCUCGCGACAACAAGAAGACCCGUAUCGCUCCAAGACAUCUUCAACUCGCCGUCCGCAAUGACGAAGAGCUGAACAAACUUCUUGCUGGAGUAACAAUCGCUCAAGGAGGAGUCCUUCCAAACAUCCAAGCCGUUCUUCUUCCAAAGAAGAACACCGGAGAACACAAGGAGUAA